AUGGCAUUGAAGAGGCCAUGCUGCAAAUCGAGGUGCAAACGCAAUCUCACUUUGAAAACAGUUAUGACCUUGGUGGUCACAUUCUGGUCAUUGAGCAAGAAUUCACAGGAUUCCCUGUUGUGGAGCUUGCAGAACUCUUCCCUGAUGAUGGAUGAGGGAGAACCCGAGGAUGAUGGUAUUCAGGUAUGCAGACAGGCUUGGCUCCAAAUCCUGGGCAUUGGCAAGGAGCGAAUUCUGAGAUGCAAACGGAAUUUCAAGGGAACAGAUGGCCGAAGUCUUGGACAUCACUCACAUAGUGCCCCAGCAGCUGCAUCUGUGCUGUCAUUCUUGCGGAAGACCUAUUGGGGCAUAGCAGUCUAUUCCCAAAUGAAAACUAGAGCCAAGCAGCAACGUGACAUCCUUGUCUGCAUCAUCGAUUCCAUGGACAAGUCCAAAUUUCGCCUUCCUCGUUUCGCAGCAGGGCGAACACCGAAGCCAUUGGAAACGAAGAAGCGGCCAGAACUGGAGUUCACUGCAUGCAUCAUGCAUGGUUUGCCACAGCACCUACUGGCAGAUGUUGGGAAUCGAAUUCCUCCACGGUUUGUCGGGGAUAGUCCCAAUGAUGUCUUCCUCAUGGUCAAGGGCUUUAUCUCAGAUGUCACCCUUUCCCAGCAGAUUUUGGCAGUAUGGCCUGGAAACGCAAUCGAUGAGACCACGAAUGCUCUGCGUCGCUGUGUGGCAGCCUAUCUUGAUGAUGAUCGAAAAGAGGCAAUGCAGAAGAUCUUUGAUAUGGAAUGCGUUGCCAAGCACAUCCCAAUCCAGUCGCCCGCCAUGAACGUGCCCAUGACCAGCUCCAAUGGGUUAAUUCUGGAUUUGUGGAUGCUGAGUUUUGCAGAGAGUGCCAAGUAUGGCUUGAUGGGCCGAUGGCCAGCCAAUCACCAAGUCCGUGCUCACUUUCCCUCGUUUCUGAACCGGGGGUAUGAGGCACACCGUGAAAGCCUAGAGAUCAAGUUUGACAUGACAACUGUGGAGGCUGACAGGUCAGUGUAUACUAUCAAACCGUUCACAGGCAUCACAGAGGAUGCUUUGUCUGAAGAUGAAGGUAUGGCAAAAACAAUUGCCACUUUCCGCUACAUCAAGUGCAACUUCACAAAGCAUGCCAAGGCUGAGGACUUCCUGUAUGAAACACUUUGCCAGGCCCUUGGCCUGGCCAAUCGCACUGCCGAGAAGACAAAGCCCUCUGCCUUGGAUAUGAUGCUGCUUUUCAAGGAGACAGUGAGGAUCAAGCAAUCUGCCCCACAGGCUCGCAAGAGUGCCCUUCGUGAUGUCCUAUAUGGGUGCAUAGCUGACUACAACAAGACUGGCUGGAGGGUGACUGACUCCAUGCGACGGUUGAUCUACAACUUGCUUCGAUGUCCCAGUGGGCUUUGGGAAGCUUUGAAAAUCUGCUACAGUGAAUCGAAGCCUGAGCAUGCAGCCAUGACUAUGGAGAACAUGGAGGGUGACUACUUUGUCCCUGGGACCGAGCUUUUGGAGAAUGUGCCAAAGAUUUGGAAGGAUAUCCAGGAGAUACUCACCUCUUUCGGCUCUGGCAUCCGUCGCCCUGACAGCGAGCGCAUCAUGCUGUGGGUGAACUAUGUUGCUGCAGGUGUAGUGCCUGGAAAGAAGAUCCUCUUCACUGUGGAACAAGUCCAACAAUUCCUGCAUGCCUUCCCAAGGACUUCCGUUGCUUUUGUGCUUUUGCCAAACAGGGCACAAGAUUUGCGGAAAGAAGAGAAGGAUGAGGCAGAUGAAGACAGAGAGGAGGAUGAUCAGGGUGCAGUCCGCCCAGUGUCUGUCUUCUUCGAGCCCACGACUGUCUAUGGCACCAGAGAAGGAUAUCAUUCUGCCCUCAUGAUCACCAGCAAAGACAAGGGAAACUGCUUCUUGAAGAGUGCUCUCUACAAGAGUGGCGUGGUCUCUUCAGUGAGCAUGCUGCCAAGAAGUGGAUCGCUCAAGUUGCCAGGGCUUCCAUGCUUUGAAAGCGUGGUGCAAGAUCUGAAGAACAGUGCCAAUGAAGUAGCCAUGCCAGACUUCCAAGUUUGCGUUGCAGUGCCAAAUGGUCUGGCCAUCAAGCAGAACCUGGUGGACUACUGGUCUGGCAUUGACACAUUCCAGUUGCAGGUGGCUGACUUGGUGGAGGCCCACAACAAAAAGUACAAUCCACAUGGCAUCAAGCGUGGAGCAUCUGAUGCGGCUCCGUCAGGGGGCAGCAGUGACUGGGACAUGUCACCGUCUUUGCUUCAGCGCUGUGAGCUGGCAAGUUCUUCAGAUGAGAGGGCAUCUGAAGAAAAGAAGUUAGGAAAAGAACCAAAGGAUGAAAGUGAUGAGCCCAAAAUCAAAAAACCCAGGGGAAAGACACCAAAAAAUGAAACGAAUGAUGAUGAAGACCCCCCAAAGACUUUGAAGAGGCCUGCAGCAAAAAAGUUCAAGAAAGACGAGUUUGAUGGUAUGUUCGACGACUUUCAAAGAGGCGAUGGUGAUGACCAUAGUGAUCCUGAUGCAGAUGAAGGUGAAGGUGGAGGUGAUAAAAAAAAAGCAAAAGACGCAAGAAGGAUGAUGGAGAUGGAAAGCAACACAAGAAGAAGCAGGAGUGCCACAAUUUGCCAAUAUCUGAUGUGUUUUAUGUAUGUCAAAAAAGCCCAGUGGACCUUUUGUAGCUUUUCAAGUUGUGCUUUUUACUCUUGGAAUGCUUGUUGUUGUGUGCCUCUGUUGGUACAUGUUUCACUGGAACUGUUGGUGAUUUGUGUGUCCAGGAUAAGACCGAGAAGGAACCCCGCAAGAAGAAGCACAGUGGUGGAAAGCGCAAGCAUGGUGAUUCAGAGGAUGCUGCUGUUGUCUCAGAUGAUGAUGAGGUUGGCUCAAAGACCUUUAAGGAUGACAAGGGUGGCCCAAAGGGCUCUGAGGAUGAGAAGGUUGGCCCAAAGGGCUUCAAGGAUGAGAAGGUUGGCCCAAAGGGCUUCAAGGAUGAGAAGGUUGGCCCAAAGGGCUUUGAGGAUGAGAAGGUUAGCUCGAAGGGCGUUGAGGAUGAGAAGGUUAGCUCGAAGGGUGUUGAGGGUGACAAGGGUCGCUCAAAGGGCUUCAAGGAUGAGAAGGUUGGCACAAAGGGCGUUGAGGGUGAGAAGGGUGGCUCAAAGGGCUUCAAUGAUGAGAAGGUUGGCACAAAGGGCGUUGAGGGUGAGAAGGGUGGCUCAAAGGGCUUCAAUGAUGAGAAGGUUGGCACAAAGUGCUUUGAGGAUGAGAAGGGUGGCAAGGGGCUUCAGCGUUCCCACAGCUUUGUGGACACAGCAGUGCCAGAAACUAGCAGUGCAGCAGCUCAUUUGUUCGACUUGGUCACAGCUUUUUUAUUUGUGA